AUGCCUCGCGAGCAGAAGAAGAGAGGCCGCCGGGCCGAACAGAAGGCUCACAAAGAUGAAUCCAAGCGGAAAUACGACGAAGCGCCCGAAGAACCUGCCGCGAAACGGAUCAAGGCCGACGAGCCCGACACCUCCGAACAGCCUGCAGACUACAUCCCCUUUGAGCAAGAAGAAGGCCAGCCAGAAGAUCAUGGUGCAUCGGGUGACAUGCCGUUUUACGGUCUACUCGACGCCGAAGAGUCGGAAUACUUCUCGCGCGCCAGCGAAAUGCUCGAACUGAACAAGUUCCAAGAUGCCGAGGAACGGAGUCUGUUCGUCGACAGCGUCUACGAAGAAGCCAAUGGCAAGGAAUUGAAGAUUGCCUGCAGUCAGGGCUGCUCUCGUCUUAUGGAAAAAUUGAUCUCCAUGUCCAAUACAAGCCAGAUUCGUCACAUAUUCGGCAAGUUUCUCGGCCACUUCCUCCACCUUGUACAGCACCGAUUCGCGAGUCACUGCUGCGAAACGCUUUUUACUCAUGCUGCCCCGGCAGUUAUGCAGAAAGCAGCGAAGGCCCAGGCCAAGAAAAAGGCCAACGAGGAGGAUGGCGAGGCAGAGUCGGAUCUGUCCCUUGCGGACAUGUUCAUGGCUGUUAUUGAGGAACUAAAGGAUAACUGGGGGUAUCUGUUGACGGAACGGUUUGCGUCGCAUACAAUUCGGGUUUUGCUCCUCGUUCUCGCUGGUGAGCCGGUGGAUGUGUCCUCGUCCGACUCAGUCAUCGCGAGCCGCAAAAAGGAAAAGCACGGCGUCCUAACUGCGGAGGCACAAGAGGAAAAGGGUACUACGCAAAAGAGGGGUGUACCCGAAUCGUUUGAACCCGCUCUGAAGAAGAUCAUGAAAGAUAUGGUUUCAGGGCUGGACGACACUUAUCUCCGAGCCCUGGCUACACAUCCCGUUGGGAACCCUGUUCUUCAAGUGCUGCUAUUUCUGGAGCUCUCGCAUUUUGGUAAAUCCAGUGCCAAGAACCCGGAUUCGAUCCUCCGGAGACUGGUGCCCGACGAGUCUUUUGAGGAAGGUACAGAGAGCGCAACUUUCAUUCGCGGCCUGCUCUAUGAUCCGGUGGGCUCGCGCUUGGUGGAGACCAUGGUGCGACACAUGCCGGGAAAGGUGUUCAAGAAUCUCUAUAAGAACAAUAUCCGUGAUCGCAUCGGGUCUCUGUCUCGCAAUACCACUGCGGGCUACGUGGUCCUUCGGACCUUGGAGAGGCUGGGGAAGGACGACCUGCAAAAUGCUAUGGAACUCAUCAUCUCGGAAGUUCCUGGUCUUGUCGAACGCUCCAGGAUCGUUGUUCUUAGAGUGUUGAUUGAGCGAUGUGUGGUCCGUGGUGUCGACACAAAGCCUCUUGCCAAUGCAUUUGAGAAGGCUUACGACCAGGACCCGGCAGUUCGGCUUCAGCAGAUGCUGAAACUCGGGGGGACUGCAGAGACGGCGGCUCAGGAGUCCUUGGAUGAGGCUAAGGAGGGGGGUGAUGAGGAGAGGCAGAAAGAACAGAGAGAAAAAACGCCUGCAGCCGAGAAGCUUCACGGAUCUCUACUAGCGCAAGCGAUGCUGGCCGUUCCCGGCCCGUUGAGUGGACUUGUGUACAGCAGCUUGCUGGCGCAGCCCUCCGAUUCCAUCAUACAGAUGUCGCGAGAUCCGACUGCGUCUCGCGUCCUCCAGCAAGCUCUUACCCUUCCAACUUCUACCACCCAAUUCCGCCGACAGAUCACUACACGAUUCCAAGGACACAUGAAAGACCUCGCCCUGAACAGCAGUGGCUCGCACGUGGUGGACUCAUUGUGGCCAGCGACCAAGGACAUCUUUUUUGUCAAAGAGCGCAUGGCGCAGGAACUGGCGGAGCAUGAGAUGGCGCUGCGUGAUUCCUUUCUCGGCCGGGCGGUCUGGCGGAACUGGUCAAUGGAUCUUUACAAGCGCCGGCGCGGUGAAUGGACUGGCCGCGCAAAGGGUAUUGAGAGGCAGCCAGAAAACGGUGAUGGCGCACGACCCAAGUCGAAGAUUGAGCUGGCGCGGGCUCGCUUUGCGGCGCAGCAAGGAGACGGGGCGGCAGCGUCGGCCUGA